UAUCACUACUGGAUUUUUCAUUUCAUUUGUCUUCCUCUUUUCCUCAAAUAAUGUCUAAUACUAAAAUGAUUACUUGUAAUAAUAACGUAACAAUAUUGAUAAUCGUGAACUUUAUAACAUUAGUUCAUGGUGCAUCAAAAGUACCUUGCUAUUUUAUUUUUGGUGAUUCAUUACUUGAUAAUGGGAAUAAUAACAACCUAAAUACACAAGCAAAGGCUAAUUAUCCACCUUAUGGCAUCGAUUUCCCCAAUGGACCUACUGGACGAUUCACAAAUGGACGCAAUAUGGCUGAUAUUCUUGGGCAACUAUUAGAAUUUGAUAACUACAUUCCACCUUUUGCAAGUGCAACUGGUAAGGAGAUCUUGCAAGGUGUAAAUUAUGCCUCUGGUUCAGCAGGAAUUCGUAACGAGACGGGAAGUCAUCUCGGCAAUCGAAUAUAUUUGGAUUUGCAACUUGAAAACCAUCACAACACAAUUUUAAGAAUGGUGGAUUUAGUGGGCAAUAGAGCUGCAACCAAUGCACACUUGAACACAUGUUUGUACAUUGUUGGAAUAGGUAGCAAUGACUACAUCAACAACUACCUUGCACCCAAACAUUACUCAACAAAUAGUUUGUACACACCAAGUCAAUAUGCAACAUUAUUGGUACAACAAUAUGGUCAACAACUAAAGACUUUAUAUGAAGAUGGAGCAAGGAAAAUAGCCCUAUUUGGAUUGCCCCAAAUAGGUUGCAUUCCUCAAGAGUUACAAAAACACAAUACAAGAAAGUGUGUGGAUUCAACAAAUGAGGCAAUUCAACUAUUCAAUGAGAAGCUCAAGUCUCUUGUAACUGAUCUGAAUACCAACUUCCCACAAGCAAAAUUCACCUAUAUAAAUAUGUAUAGCAUUUCAUCACUUAUGAGUACUCUUAGUUUCUUGAAUUAUCCAUGCUGCAAAGUUUCGACUACAACGGCUGAAGGACAAUGUGUUUCUGGACAAGCUCCAUGCCACCUUAGGGCAGCACAUGUGUUUUGGGAUAAUUUUCAUCCUACAGAGAAUGGAAAUAUAAUUGCUGUUAUGAGAGCAUACAAUGCUUUUCUACCUUCAGAUAGUUAUCCUAUGGAUAUUAGUCAUUUGAUUGAGAGUGGAUAGUAGCCAAUCUGAAGUUUACUGUUAGUACAAAUAGAUUUAUGGUUUAGUUCUAGUUGUCUAAUGGAAAUAGCUAGCCUCUCUAGUUUCUACAUUCACAAGAUAGAGGUAAGGUUGUGUAUACAUCACCUCUCGUGGAAUAGAACUGCACUGAGUAUGUUGUUGUUUUUUAGAUUUUUUUGAAGGUUGUAAUGAUCUGUAUGUAAACGAGUUGUUCUCCCAUUUUGAGCUACAAAUAAUGGAAUAUGUAAAUGAGUUGUUGAUGACUA